CUCACGCACACUUAUAGUAGGCUAAUUUGCUCUCCUCCAAUCGCGAGAAUAAAGAGCUGUCGGCGCUGCGGUUUAUAUAUAUUUCAGAACACAAAUCAGCGAGUUUGUUGGAAGAUACGCCCGCCUCCAGUGACCGUCUGGGUUGGACCGUGUGUGAUGCUGAAGUUACUAUUUUGGGUUGAUAGCGAAGCUGUAUCGGCUUUAGUGGAGCUUUGCGCAAGUGUCGCGCUGCGCACUGGUUUUUGAAACGUCGAGCGUCUCAGUGAGAAAACGUGACAACUCUACAUCCACUCUGAUUUAGAUGCUGGCACUACGUUAUCGCUCAUUUUGCAACUGAAAAGCACAGAACUCCUAUCUCUUAAAAGUGGUGACUAGCAUACCAGCCAUCUUGUCACACGAAUCUUUCUGACUUUAUCGAGAUCAGCCAUGCCUAAGAGCAGUAAAGUGACACAGCGUGAGCACAGCAUUGAACAUGUCACAGAGUCUGUGGCUGACCUGUUGGCCCUGGAGGCCCCUUUGGACUAUAAGAGUAGCCAGAUGAGCAUGAAUGUUCCUGGAGGAGGCGCAGCACCAAAGCCUGACAUCUCUCCAGACCUGGAGGAUGGCCGGCCAGCAUGGAACAGCAAGGUGGAGUACAUUCUGGCCCAGGUGGGCUUCUCAGUGGGGCUGGGCAAUGUCUGGCGCUUUCCUUACUUGUGCCAGAAGAACGGAGGAGGUGCCUACCUUGUCCCGUACUUCAUCCUCCUCAUCCUCAUUGGCGUCCCACUUUUCUUUCUGGAAUUGGCAGUGGGUCAGAGGAUCCGCAGAGGAAGCAUUGGAGUUUGGAACUACGUUUACCCGCGACUCGGUGGCAUUGGAGUGUCCAGCCUAAUGGUGUGUGGUUUUGUGGGUCUGUACUACAAUGUGAUCAUUGGCUGGAGCAUAUUCUACUUCUUCCAGUCUUUCCAGUUCCCUCUGCCCUGGGCUGAAUGCCCUAUCCGAAGAAAUGGAAGCCAAGCCAUUGUAGAGCCGGAGUGUGAGAAAAGCUCCGCCACCACAUACUUUUGGUAUCGUGAGACACUAAACAUAACCAGCACUAUUGCGGACAGUGGAGGGCUGAACUGGAAGAUGACUCUGUCUCUGUUAUUAGCAUGGAUCAUUGUCUGUUUGGCUGUCAUCAAGGGUAUCCAGUCCUCCGGAAAGGUGAUGUACUUCAGUUCAUUGUUCCCGUAUGUGGUGCUUUUCUGCUUCCUGGUACGUGGAUUGUUUCUUAAAGGGGCUGUAGAUGGCAUUGCUCACAUGUUCACACCAAAGCUGGAGAUCAUGCUGGAGCCACAGGUAUGGCGUGAGGCUGCUACUCAGGUCUUCUUUGCUUUGGGUCUGGGUUUCGGUGGAGUCAUUGCUUUCUCCAGCUACAACAAGAGGGACAACAACUGCCAUUUUGAUGCUGUCCUAGUGUCUUUCAUCAAUUUCUUCACGUCCAUUCUGGCCACUCUCGUGGUGUUUGCUGUGCUUGGUUUCAAGGCUAACAUCAUGAACGAAAAAUGUGUGGUGGAGAAUGCUGAGAAGAUUCUGGGCUACUUAAACUCCAAUGUGCUGAGUCAUGAUCUGAUCCCUCCUCAUGUUAAUUUCUCCCACCUCACCUCAUCAGACUACGCUGAGAUGUAUGAAGUGAUUAAAAUUGUGAAGGAGGACAGCUUUGAUCAGCUGGGCCUAGAGCAGUGUCUACUGGAGAACGAACUCAAUAAAGCUGUUCAAGGCACUGGUUUGGCCUUUAUUGCUUUUACGGAGGCCAUGACACACUUCCCAGCAUCUCCAUUUUGGUCAGUAAUGUUCUUUUUCAUGCUAAUCAACCUGGGUCUGGGAAGCAUGAUUGGCACCAUGACUGGCAUCACAACUCCUAUCCUUGAUACCUUUAAAAUACGCAAAGAGAUCCUUACUGUGGUUUGCUGUAUCAUUGCAUUUUUCUGCGGCCUGUUAUUCGUCCAACGUUCUGGAAAUUAUUUCGUCACUAUGUUUGAUGACUACUCUGCUGGUCUUCCUCUCACAAUCGUUGUCAUCUUGGAAAAUAUAUCUGUGGCCUGGAUUUAUGGCACCAAAAGGUUUGUCCAGGAUCUAGAAGAUAUGCUGGGUUUCAAACCAUACAGAAUCUACUUUUAUCUGUGGAAGUAUGUAUCUCCAGCCUGCUUGAUUGUUCUUAUUGCUGCUAGCAUUGUUGAGAUGGCCAUCAAUCCACCUGGAUACAAUGCAUGGGUUCAGGAUCUGGCACUAGAGCGUUUCCAGAGCUACCCUCCAUGGGCUCUGGCCAUGUGUUUUGCUCUCAUUGUCGUUGCGAUGCUUCCUCUGCCACUGGUCUUUAUCGCACGCCACUUUAACUGGAUUCCUGACGGCUCCAACAAACUGUCCGUCUCUUAUCGCAAGAGUCUGACAAAGGACACCUCCAACCUGGAGGACGAGACACGUUUUAUCUUGGGCAAAAACACCGACACACCCUCUCCAAUGCCCAGCCACCGGGCGUACCUUGGCCCAGGGAGCACAUCACCCGUCGAGCUCAUCACCAACUCCACAUCCAUCAGCGGUUAUGGCAGCGGCUACCAGACCAACCCAAUGCCACCUAAAUCCGAGUCCUGAGCUCCUUUCUACUCCGAAGGCACCACCCACUACAGACUGAUAAAGAAGAAGGGAAAGGGUGUAAGAAGCCACAGCAUUUAUCAUAAUUUAUUUCAAGCCAUACAGAGAGAGAGGAAUGAUGCGUGUGAGUGUUUGUGUGUGUCUGUGUGAGUGGGGGGUGGGGGUGAUCAGUGAGUAAUGGAAGACUAAAAAAAAAAAGAAAGCGGUACAAAAGGACCUUCUCCAUAUCUUGCCCUAAUUACCAGACAGUGAGUUGGAAUUAGAACCUUCUCUUUCCUAUCUACACAUUUGGACCAAAGGCAUUUCUACAGAUUAGGUGGUUGACAGAAAAAACACCAUCAUCCACAUAACACUAGAUGUAUAGAAGAAUGAAUGUUUUUCUCAUUUUUAAAAAGCCACACACCAAAUGCUCCAUAACAAGAAUCGUUGGGUCCUGAACUGCUAAUGGUGUGGGAUAAAUCACACAGGCUUUUCAGUAUGUUUCUUUCUGUUGGAACUAUUGUUCAUGUCUGGGUUGAGAUGUGAAAACCACUAAUAAGGGAUCCAAUGAUCCCAUUUUGUCCCCAGAACAAUAUAGAUAUCACAGUUCUGAAUAUUGGAUAAAACUCAUCAGGAAGGCAAAACUAAUUUCAAAUGCCUUGCUCUGAGAACCCCAAGACUAAUGUGAAGAAACUGUCUGUCUUCAUCAAGCAUGUUUAUAGUAUAUAUUUAAAAAUAACUCUGUACCCUGACAAUCACAGCAACACUAGCCAAUUAUAGACAUCUGUGAAGUCAUGGAUGCAGAUAGAGGUAGACUGUGCUUUCCUCAGUGUUUGCAUUUGUUAUGUGACAAUAUGAACAGCAGUUCAAAAUAAAAAAUAGUUUCUUACUUCACACAUCUCAGAGGAAGCUCAUGUAAGCCUUCACCUUUCUUGCUUUGUGGCUGUCAUGUAAGAGGGGAAAAGGUUUCCAUGAUAAAUAUAUAAUUUACUAAUUUUCAGAUACUGGUUUACCUCAAAAAAAAAAAAAAGGUGCAUCCCAAAUCUCAUACACUAUUCUAUGCCAUUUUAUAGUAUAAAUAGUGUGAAUAGUGUGGGGGGAGUGUUAGACACUUCAUGUACUAAAUGCUCAUAGCUUUGUUUGUGUGGGGGAAGAGACUCUGGAUGAAAAAUAACUAAUUCUGUUGGCUGACACUCAGGCAGACAAGACUUCUUACAGAUGUCUUUUAAAUAAGCCCAUAUUGCGUGAUUUAUUAUUCAACAAUUUAGAAAUUCACUAAAUAUUCUGUUAAUUCAAUGUUUUCUGCUAGCAGUGUAGCAUUACACUGACUAGAUAAGAGCUUCUGCAUAAAAAAUGUUUGUGUUCUAUUUGAGAUGACACUACCCUUCUAAAAUUCAUGGAUGGAAUAGAUGGAGGAGUACAGAGUGCAUAGUGUAAGUGUAUAGUCUAUAAGUACAUAAUUUGGGAUGCAGCUAAUGUCUAAAUGGUCUAUUUAUGCAGUGUUUUGUGAGGAACAGUUUUGUUUGGAAAUGACUUUUGACUGAGGAAGGCACAUAAAACCUAGUGAAGUAGUACAACAGAGAGAAAUGUACUGUACACAUAAUGUUGAUGUUAUCCAUAGUAUUCACUUCAACUCUUGUCCUGUGUAAGUGUUUAUGCCCAUAAAGCACUAGCCACAACCAAAUGUACCAUAAUCUCAUACAGUACUGACCAAAUGUUUCCACUCGGGGGCACUAUAUUCACCAAAACCCCCAUAACGCAUCUAAUAUUAAUGCAGUAUCUCAAGCACACACACACACACACACACACACACACACACACACACACACACACACACACACACACACACACACACACACACACACACACACACACACACACACAGCAGCAUGCAUUUGUGGCUGUAAAAUAUUUGCCACACUUACCACAGAUAUAGAUACAUCUAGUUUUAGUAAUCAGAUGACUGCCAGAUGUGCAAUGAGUGAUCAGCACAAAAGAGAAGCACAUUUAUCGUAUUGGGUUGCAAUAAUGUUAAAGCAUCAUCAAGCACAGCAGUUCAAUGUACAUAGAAGAUCUAUAGCAUUCACAAUCUUAUAUUAGUAUCAAAAUAGCAUAUGAUCUAAAAAAACGACAUUUAAUAGAAAAUAUCAACACUAAUAAUGAAUGGUCUUCGGUACAUUUUGUUAGGGUUACCUGGUCUGUGCAUGUCCAGGCUCCGUUUCCCAUAAGCAUUGCAGCACAAGGGUCAAUGUUAAAUGGUAGAGUAAGCAUUACUUAUAUUCUCUUAUAUUCUCUUUCUUUCUCUCUCUUUCUCUCCUUCUACCAGUUAACAUGAUUUUGACUUAACUUUGGGAAAUUGUACGCCAGUCAGUUUAAUUAGCUUAGAUAUUCAGACAUAUGUCAGUUUUUACAGUUUUUCUAGCACAUACAAAUCAGCUAGUAGCUUUAUUUUUACAAUGACUUUGAUGUAGUUUUAUUGCUUAGCCCUUUAUAAAAAGAUGUGAUGAUGUAAUUAUUUAAGAUCCAUAAGAAUAGUUUCUGCUUCUGCAAAUGGUUAAAUGGUUUAUAUUUAAGCCAAAAGAUGUUAAAUAUUCCUAAAUUAUGUUGUAGUAUAGCAAUCAUUGUGCACAACUUGCACUGUAUUUUACUGCCUAAGCAGCACUGAAUUGGCUUUAAAAACAUGCUAGAUUUUGAAUAUCGUUUUUAUGUGGUUAUAAACAUAUUGUAUUUAUGAAAAGAAUAUAUGACAGAUAGGAUGUAUAUGGAAGACAUAAGCUUCUUUGGAAUGGUCAUAGUCUGCUGGUCUUUACUCUUUCACCCAAAGCACAUUUUCACUUGGCACCAGUUCUGCAUCUUGGCAAAUAAUGCAGCAGAGUAUUUAAUUAUUUAUCAGCUCUGUUUGGUUUGCUUCUCCUGUAACUGCCAUGAUGCCUCAUGGUGUAAAAAUAGACCUGAGCAGCAUGCUUCACAGUGGUGUUUCCCCAGGGAGCCCAUGUCCCAGACAGCAUGCUAACGAAUUCUCGUCGGGUGAGGUGGAGGGUGGAAAGCCCAAAAUUCUCAGCAUGAACAUGCUGUUCCUACACAAGUCUCAUGGAUCCCCUGGCAACAAACCCUCAUCAACAGGGAGCAAACAAGCAGAGGGCUUCCAUGGUCCCCAGGUUCCUGAGUGAGAGCAAGAUUUAAUAUAAUGUAAUUCACUAGAUUCCUUUACUUAGCCCACUCCUGAAAUUAUCAAAGUUUUAGUAUGAUUCAAGUAUGCUUCAAAUUCUGGGCAUGCAUUCAGUACUGGAUAAACUGACUGGACAUGAGCUCCUUGGAUAAAUACUGAUAAUACUCCUCUGAAGGAUUUGUUCAGUUAUGUCCAGCGACAUUGUUGUUCACGUUCCAUGUGUAAUAGCACAUUGUUACCACAACGUGUCCUCAUUUACUAAUGAAAGGUUUGAAGGCAUGUCUCUCUCUGCCUCUGUGCCUCUGUCUCCUUUUUCACCUCCACAGCAUCUCAGAAAUGUCAUCCCCACUGCUCCUGACCCUGCUAAGCACAGCUGUUAGACAGUGCCUAUGAUCAUUCCAGUAACACUUUCCUGAUCUUUAGUUUAUUUUUGCACAUUUUACUGACUUCUCUGAGACCAGUGCACUUUAGUUCUCCUAUACCUGUAGGUGAGACUCCAAACUUGCAUUUUCUAGGAACAACCUGACAAGGCUUAAAAACACACAGUAGCUCAGCUGAUUAAUAAGCAUGGACCAAGAAUUAUAGCUCCCUCUUUAUAUUUCCAUCAAAUUUGUCAUCAAAUAUUUGCAAGUCUGUGACAAAUGAGAUCUGCACAAACAGCUAGGACAAAGACUGCAAAUAACACACACACACACACACACACACACACACACACACACACACACACACACACACGCAUGCGCACACACACAAACAAAAA